AUGCUGGAUGUGUGGCCUCGGCGUCCACCUCCACCCUCUUAUGCCAGGCUCUGGGAAGGGCUGCAGAACUUGGGAACUGGGCACCACCAUUCACCCCUCUUCCUCUCUUCUUCCCCACCUCCAGCCCCAGCCCCAGUGAGAAACCUGAGCUUGGAAGGACAGAACAGCAGCUCCAUCACCCUGGGCUGGGCUGGCCCUGAGGGCGCGGACGCCCACAACCUCACCUACUGGGCCCAGUGCACUGGAGAUGGAGACAGGACUGAGACUCGAAACACAACAGACACCUGGGUCACCGUGGAUGGACUUGAACCUGGGUCUUCCUAUGUGUGUUCUGUGUGGGUGGAGAAAGAUGGAGUUGUGAGCUCCAGGGAGAACCUCACUGUCUCUACAGCCCCAGACCCAGUGAGAAACCUGAGCUUGGAAGGACAGAACAGCAGCUCCAUCACCCUGGGCUGGGCUGGCCCUGAGGGCGCGGACGCCCACAACCUCACCUACUGGGCCCAGUGCACUGGAGAUGGAGACAGGACUGAGACUCGAAACACAACAGACACCUGGGUCACCGUGGAUGGACUUGAACCUGGGUCUUCCUAUGUGUGUUCUGUGUGGGUGGAGAAAGAUGGAGUUGUGAGCUCCAGGGAGAACCUCACUGUCUCCACAGCCGUGGAUGGACUUGAACCUGGGUCUUCCUAUGUGUGUUCUGUGUGGGUGGAGAAAGAUGGAGUUGUGAGCUCCAGGGAGAACCUCACUGUCUCUACAGCCCCCAGUGAGGUCACACUGCUGCAGAAGGAAGGACAGACCAAUCACUCGGUGACCCUGAGGUGGGAGGCCCCUGUGGACCCCCACUCCCAGCUCUACACCUACUGGAUUCACUGGGCUGGUCAAGAAAACCCUCUCAGGACGCAAGAGCCCCAGGGGCCCUGGGGCAGUUCAACAGGCAGGACCAAUGACACCUGGUAUGUGGCAGAUGCCCUCAUGCCUGGCACUUGGUACAACUUCAGCGUGUGGGCAGAGAGAAAUGGCAUUUUCAGUUCCAUGAAGAGCCUCCAGGCUCCCACAGCCCCCGAUGCCGCCACCAUCAUCUCCUGCCUGAGCACCUCAGGAGGCUACGCCAUGGUCGUGACCUGGUCCUGUCCCACUGGGGGCUACGAGGCCUUUGAGUUGGAGGUGGGUGGGCAUCGGGCCUCCCAGGACCGGUCUUCGUGUGGGAAGGGCGUGACUGUGUCAGGUCUUGGGCCGGCUCAAUCCUACCCCACCACUGUCACCACCACCUGGAGUGGAUUAAGGGCCCAAUCUGCCCCUCUCACCUGCUACACAGAGCGUGCAGGGGUCAUUGCGGGAGCCAUUGUGGGUGUCCUCCUGUUUCUCAUCCUGGUAGGCCUCCUGAUUUUCUUCUUGAGGAAGAGGAAUCAGAAGCAGCAGCAGAAGGUGGUCCCCAAGGAUCUUAUGUUCAGCUCCCCAGGGGACAUCCUGGCCAAAGACUUUGCUGACCACGUUAGGAAAAAUGAGAAGGACAGCAGCUAUGGAUUUGCAGAGGAGUACCAGUUAUUGGCCGUGGAGGGCCACGGCCAAUCUCAGAUGGUGGCUUCUGCUCCAGAGAACAUGGCCAAAAACCGCUACAGGAACGUGCUGCCCUACGACUGGUCACGGGUACCGCUGCAGCCCCUCCACGAUGAGCCGGGGUCAGACUACAUUAACGCCAGCUUCCUGCCGGGUCUCUGGAGUGCCCAGGAGUUCAUCGCAGCCCAGGGUCCCCUGCCCCACACUGUGGGUGACUUCUGGCGCCUGGUGUGGGAACAGCAGAGCCACACUCUGGUCAUGCUGACCAACUGUGUGGAGUCCAGCCGGGUGAAAUGCGAGCAUUACUGGCCUCUGGAUUCUCAGCCCUGUACCCACGGGCUUCUUCGGGUGACGCUGCUGAGUGAGGAGGUGACAGAGUCCUGGACGGUGCGGGAGCUGCAGCUCCUCCAUGUGGAGGAGCAGAAGACUCUAUCUGUGCGCCAGUUCCAUUACCUGGCCUGGCCAGACCAUGGCGUCCCCCACUCCCCAGAGCCUCUGCUGGCCUUCUGGAAGUUGCUUCGUCAGUGGCUGGAUGAGACCGUGGAGGGAGGCCCACCCAUUGUGCACUGCAGUGCUGGUGUGGGCCGGACAGGCACACUCAUCGCCCUGGAUGUCCUGCUCCGGCAGCUGGAAUGUGAGGGGCUUGUGGGGCCCUUCAGCUUCGUGAGGAGGAUGAGAGAGAGCCGCCCACUGAUGGUGCAGACUGAGGCCCAAUAUGUGUUCUUGCACCAUUGUAUCCUGAAGUACCUCCAGCAGUCAGCCCCUCCCUCCCCCCAGAAUGAGGCCAUGCUCGAGAAUGGGGCCUGCCUCAUCUACCAGAACUCCGAAGCCAUCCAGGCCCAGCAGCGGGAGGUCUGA